GCAGGCGGCACGGCUGGCGGGACCCGCAGCCGGAGCUGGACCAGAACCAGGACCCGGACCAGGUCUGGGUCGCCGACAUCACCCCUUGGCCCGGCUGCGGCCCCCCUGGAAACCUGUCCCUCCACCGCAACGACGGGCCCCUCAUGAAGCGCCAUAAGUUUGGGCGCUCCCCGUUUUAGAGGGACACCAAGAAGUUCUCUUCCAUUGUCCCAGAUCAUUGAUCAAGCUUGUCAAGAGGCAGAAACUUACAAGGAUGCUGGAGUUCAUUAAGAACAUUUUUUGGUGGUGUACUAAUGUCCAAGAUUUGAAAAUGUCUUCAGUGAACAAGCAGUCACUGCUCUGAGCUGCUGUUUUCAGAAAAAACUUUAUUAACAAGCCAGUUGCAACAUUUUAAAUCUAUAAAUUAGAAUGAUACUUUACAGACAGAACAAAAUUGAAUACAAGAGCUUCAUUUAAAGAAUAGAAGACCAAAGUCAAAAUGCAAGCCAAGUCAUACAGGGAUGGGUUGAUAGUGGAGAACAUGCACGACGUGCCGUACACGGUGUGCCCAGGCCCAGAGGUGACCGCAGCCAUGGCAGUGCUCGGUGCUGCCAUCAGACAGAGCUGUCCCCGUGUCCCGCUGGGUGUCCAGGUGCUGUGUGCUGCCAACCAGCAGGCAAUAGCCAUUGCUCUGGCUGCAGGUCUUGAUUUUAUCCGGGCUGAAGGGUUUGUGUUUUCUCAUGUGGCUGAUGAAGGGAUUAUAAAUGCCUGUGCAGGUGACCUGCUGCGAUACAGAAAACACAUUGGAGCAGAGAACAUUCAGAUUUUUGCUGAUAUUAAAAAGAAGCAUAGUGCUCACGCCCUGACGGCCGAUGUCAGCGUGGCCCAGACUGCGGCCGCUGCCCAGCUCUUCCUGGCCAACGGCGUGGUGCUGACCGGCACAGCCACCGGACACCCUGCGGACCCGCAGCAGCUGCGAGAGGUUAAGCAUGCUGUGAAGAUUCCUGUGCUGGUUGGGUCCGGAGUGACUCUGGAGAAUGUGAAGAAUUACUUGGACGCAGAUGCUCUUAUAAUCGGUUCCUAUUUCAAGAAAGAAGGAUAUUGGGCAAAUGCUGUUGAUCCUGACCGAGUAAAGAAAUUCAUGGAACACAUAAGUAAACUGAGGGAAUGAGUUUGUCAGCAAACACCGUUUGUGUGUGUGUGUGUUUGUAGAAAUGCGGUGUGGUACGUUCUACGGAAUUAAAGCACAAACGCGUGGCUGAAUGGCAAAUAACAUCAAAUAAAAAUGCACAUCAUCUCCAUACCUA